AUGACAGCCACCGCCGUCACCCCGCCGGGCCACCGUCCAAAGCGAUGGAUCAGCCUCUGGCUCGGCCUCUCGAGCCUCAUCGUCGCUUGGGACUUCCACUACGUCCUCCUCCGCCCGCGCUCCAUGAAGGGCGGCGACCUCGCGUGGAUCUGGAGCCCCUACGAGCUCUACGGCGGCAUCGACUACAUCUACGGCCCCACGGCUUGGGACGCAAAGGAUGGCUUCCCCGCCGCACAGAGCAUCCUCAACGUCGCAGAGACCUUCCUCAACUUUGUCUACCUCUACCUCGCCCACGUCCGCCGUUCCGCCUCGGCCAUGGCCGCCGCCCCCCUCGUCGGGUUCGCCGCCGUCGUCAUGACUUUCAGCAAGACCGUCCUCUACUGGCUCAAUGACUACUGCUGCGGCUGGUGCAAGACGGGCCACAACAACUGGCACGACCGCUUCUUCCUCUGGAUCGUCCCAAACGGCCUUUGGCUCCUUGUCCCCGGGCUCAUCAUCUACUCAUUCGGCGCCGAGAUGUUUGCCAACCUCAGGCAGGUUGAGCUGGCCAAAGGUGCGCGGGAGAACGGCACGGCCCCACGUGCGUCGCCGUCGGAUAGAGUGGCUGAGAAAGAUGCCCAGCCCCCGCCGUCUGACCAUCUCCUCGUCCACCACGACCAGCUUCCGGAAUGGGCCAAGGACAACCCGCUGAUUCGAAGGGGCUAUCGAAGGCCGGGAGGAACGGGGGACGCGGCAAAAAAGACGUAUGAGCACGACACGUUUGCCAAGUGUUGGCGCAGCGUCUGGGCCUAUUGGCACAACGAGACCGUCAAUAUCCACACGCACAUGUGGGGAGCCAUGUUCGCCUUUGUCCUCUCUUCGACCCAUCUUCUGCAGCACUUCGACCUGCUCCCAGCUCUCGUCCGACCGCUUUCCCACCACCCGCUCUUCUACCCGUCGUCUCUCACGUUUACCACGGCCGCGGGCAAGGUGCUCCGCCUCGCGGCAGCCUCGUACCCGGCCACCAAACACGCCUCUUCGCUCUCUGAACCGUCCAAUGUCGCCACGGGCCAGCCCCCAGUCGACCUCGUCUCUGGCCCGCUCUCGUCUCUCCGCGCCUUUUUCGCCCCGCCCUCGGCCGCUGCCAAGGUCUCGCAGGCGGCCAGCCAGGUGGUCCACAACACCCUGACGGUGCGCCCGCCCGACACGCUCGAUGUCGUGGGCUUUGGCAUCUUUUUCGUCGCCGCCGUCAUCUGCCUCGGCUUCAGCGCGUCCUACCACACUGUCGGCUGUCAUUCACAAUACGUGUCGCGCGUCUUUAACCGGAUGGACUACAUCGGCAUCGUCGUCAUGAUCGUCGGUAGCUUCCUUCCGGCCCUUCACUACGGCUUCUACUGCCACCCGCACUUCCAGCUCGCGUAUUCUGUCGCCAUCAUUCUCAUGGGCUCUGUCGCCAUCUACGUGGUUAUCGCGCCCAAGUAUGGCACGCCGCACUACCGGCCGUACCGCACUGCCGUCUUCCUGGUGCUCGGGCUCAGCGCCAUCUUCCCCGUGCUGCACAUCGUCAACGUCUACGGCUACGACACGAUCACGCAGACCAUGGGACUGCGCUUCCUGCUGACCUCGGGCGCGCUGUACGUCGUGGGCGCGGUGCUGUACAUGCUGCGGGUGCCGGAGCGCUUUGCGCCGGGCCGGUUCGACUUGGUGGGCUCGUCGCACCAGAUUUUCCACUGCCUCAUCCUGCUCGCUGCCGCCGCCCACUACAUCUCGCUGCGGCGCGCCUAUGCCUUCUGGCACACGGUCGAAACCAUGGGCGGCGUCGGCAAGGAGGGCGUGUGCAGGGCGCUCGAGUCGUAG